GGCGAUAAAUUAUUGGUUGUUGGAUACAUAGUUAUUUUGGCAGGAAAUUUCAAAUUCAUGACGCCAAGCAUGUGUUGGUAAAUGAAAUGGAAAAUAUAAUCAAUAAAGCGGAAAAGUAUUAGCAAUGGUGAAAGAAAGUGGGCGUCAUUUUCCUAUAGCUAGGGACAAAAAAGUUGAAUGUUUAAGUAUUUACUAGUAAUUGCUGAACUGGACUAGAAGAAAGCAAAACAAGAUUUUCAUCUGAAAAAGGUUUAAAAAAUGUGAUCCAUUGAAACCGCGAUGAAUUUACGGACUAACCGCCGGAGAACUGACUGUGCUAAUAAAACUUGGGAAUAUAGUGAUUUAUGGUAAAACAAAAAAGAGAGGUUACUGUAAGAUAAAGGAUUUGUUGACGUCAUGACUACGGUUGAAGGAUCUAAAGAUGAUAUCCCUACGAAUAAUCCGCCGGCCGACGAGGCAGACAGUGAUGACGAAGAUGAAGAUGAAAACCUUAUAUUCGCACCAUUUACAGCGGAGUCGUGGGAAAACCAGCUUCUUCACGAGAAAAUGGCCAAAGAGAAAGAAGAAGAAAAUAAGAAAAACCAAGGUGAGGCCCAUCUUGUGGACGGAGAAUUACAUUUUGACUCUGAAGAACAUCAUGGGCCUCAAAAAACUAGAAAUCCAGCUCUUAUUGAAGGAAAUACUCUGAAAGAAGAUUCAGGCUUCCCGAAAGAGAAAUAUGGACAACCUAUGGAGGAAUUUGACAAGCUCAUCAGAGAAAAUGACAAGACUUUCUGCGUGAUUGCUCCUAGAUUCAAGAAAGAAUACAUCUACCGUUUUUCAUCGACGCCAUCGUUCUACUUACUGAAUGUGUGGAAUCCAUUCCGUCGGUUUUGUGUGUACAUUGCCACAAAUCAGUAUUUUGACUAUUUGAUUAUAACAACUAUUCUCACAAACUGUAUAUUUCUCGCAAUGCCAUCCUCUGAUGCAGCUACCAUUUCCGAGUAUGUAUUUCUUGCUAUUUACACCGUUGAGAUGGUAAUCAAAUUGCUUGCUAGAGGGUUUAUCAUUAACUCGUUCACGUAUCUUCGAGACGCCUGGAACUGGCUCGAUUUUCUUGUCAUCUGUUCAGCAUAUUUAACAAUUAUUCUAGAAAAUACAAGUGGUGGAGGAGGUCUAGGAAAUCUGCAGGGAAUACGUACAUUUAGGGUAUUCCGAGUUCUUCGCACCAUCUCAAUUGUACCAGGUCUAAAAACAAUUGUGAACGCACUACUUCGAGCUUUCCGAAUGUUGUUAGAAGUGAUGAUGCUCAUUUUGUUCUGCCUUAUGGUAUUUGCUUUAUUCUCUCUACAAAUCUACAUGGGAACAUUGAGGCAGAAAUGUGUUUUAGAAGCUCCAGAUUAUACAGGCACACCUGCAUACAGCUAUGCCCAGUUCUAUAAUGAUCAUAUAAAGAAUUCAUCUAACUGGUAUGACGAUGGUGAAGGGUUUGUGUUAUGUGGCAAUGUUUCCGGCUCAUUCAAGUGUCCCACCAAUUAUACGUGUUUGAAGGACAUUGGUGAAAACCCCAACUGGGGUUACACAAACUUUGACCACUUUGGAUGGGCUAUGCUCACAUCGUUUCAACUGAUGACACUUGAUUUCUGGGAAGAUACAUAUAACAAGGUUUUAAAGACUUCAGGCCCUUGGAAUGUAAUUUUCUUCAUCUUUGUGGUAUUCUUCGGUGCUUUCUACUUGGUCAACCUGAUGUUGGCUGUCGUAGCAAUGUCCUAUGAACAGGAAUCUGAGGCAGCUGGCAAGGGUAAACCGAAAAUGAAAAUGUUUAAACAAUACGCUGACUCUGAGAAUGGGACUGAGGAAAAAGAGAAAGAAUUGAAGAACAAGAAUAAAAAGAAGAAAAAGAAGAAGAAGGAAGAAAAGAAAGAUCCAUGGAAAGACCUAGCUGAUGAGACGGUGAAAGCUGCAAAAGCUGCAGUAGAGAUGGCGUAUCCACACCAUCAUGCCAAAAUACCUACAAGCUCCACUACACGUCCCCUAGGCAACCCAAACCAUCAAACAAUGGCAGAUAAAUCACGGCCUCAUAUUAAACGGAAUCCUAUGGUAAAGAUGGCAAGUAAAGACAGUGGUACGGGUAAUUCUGUAGAAAGUUCAAGGUCAAAUGGUAGCAAAGAUGGAGACUAUCUGAUCAAUGAGGAUGGCAGCUUUGGAGGAAGCACAAUAGACAUCAUAAAGAAAGAUGGACAAAAGAUCAAGAAACCAUUUGUGAAACAAGCCAGCUCUGGAAUGCGUCAACCAACUAAUAGGUCCAUGGUGUCAUCUUCUGGAGUGACAUUAACACAUGAUAAUAAGAUGGUAGGUGAGGAGACGGAGAGAGAUAUAGAUCAAGGAAUGUACGAAGAUGACACAGAAGAGACAGUUAAUAGAAAUGGUCCUGGUAGACAAUAUGUGGCCAAAACAUAUCCAAAUGUUGUUAUUAUAGAUGUUGCUGAAGACACAUACGAGAAUGACCCUGAGAAAGGUCAGGUGAUUAACAGGAACCCUGAAUGUUGCUGGAACUGCUGUGGGGGCAGGCUGAUGCUGCACUGGAUCAAAUUUCAACAGAUAUGUUUCAAGAUUAUUGCUGAGCCGUUGUUUGAUCUAUUUAUCAUUCUGUGUAUUUUGUUGAACACAGCUUUCAUGGCUGCUGAGCACCAUAACCAGCCAGAUGCGCUUACACAACUACUAGAUGUCUCAAACUAUGUGUUUUCUGGAGUAUUUAUUGUUGAAGCAAUACUAAAAUUGUCAGCAUUGACCAAGUUUUACUUCAAGAACCCAUGGAACGUUUUUGACCUUGUGAUUGUCAUAGCCAGUAUUGUAGAUAUGUCAGUGACCGGUGUUGAUGGUCUUACUGUAUUCCGAUCCUUCAGAUUGAUGCGAGUGUUCAAGCUGGCCCAGUCAUGGCCCACUAUGAGACUGUUAUUGUCUAUCAUUAUGAACACCCUAGGUGCCCUUGGUAACCUGACACUCAUCUUGUGUAUUGUUAUCUACAUCUUUGCUGUCAUUGGUCUACAGCUCUUCAAUGAUAAAUACACCGCAGAUAAAUUUGGUGACGAUGGAGUUCCCAGAUGGCAUUUUAAGGAUAUAUUCCAUUCAUUUAUGAUGAUAUUCCGUGUACUAUGUGGAGAAUGGAUAGAACCACUUUGGGAUUGUAUGCGUGCUGCUAAUGAAAUCUGCAUGGCUGUCUUCCUUCCUACACUUGUGUUAGGUUAUUUCAUUGUGUUGAACCUUUUCUUGGCUUUGUUGCUGAAUGCGUUUGCUAGUGAUACUUUACGUGACGCAAAGGAGAGCGAGGAAGAUACAAAGCUGAAGAUUGCCUUCAAAAGACUGUUUGACCUGUGUUGUUGUUGCUUCAAGAAAAAGAAUUCUGAUGUUAACUCUGUCACACCUGAUAGGGAUGAUGAAGAUUUGGGCUCUGUUGAAGAAAUUCAUGAAAAAUCAAAUGGAAUGAAGCCUGUAAAUGGUGCUGUUAAAAAUGAUGUAGUGGACAAUGCAUUUACAACCAAACGAGAUCAGUAUUAUGACUUUAAUAAGACUUUAGAAGCAUCUAAGAAAAAGGGCAACGAAGUAGCAGAUGAAGUAAAGGAAAAUACAAAAGACACUGCAGCCAUUUUAGAUGAAGAUAAAAAAUCUGACAAAAAGGAAAAAGAAGGGGUGCGUAUUUAUAAGGUACCAAAGCCAAGGCCGAUACCAAAGAUGGUUGGUAAAGAUAGAAACAAAGUUGAUACCACAUUAAACGUGAAACCAGCAAAAGAUGCUGAUGAGCUUGAACUUGGUGCUGAAGCUUCAAAUAUUAAAGAAGAAGAUAAAGAUGAUAAAGAGAAUGAGGACAAGAUUAUAGAAAUCUAUGAUUGGUGGCCGCUUUGGAUAUCAAAAAGGCUGCAUAAGAAGAAUUGGUGUUUCUGCUGUUGGGGUUAUGAUGAGAAUUCACCAUUCUGGGAGAAAUGGUUUAUGUUUCGAGUGUAUAUGAAUAUGGUGGCUGAGCACAAGGUGUUUGAGGCGAUCAUUCUCUUCCUUAUUGCUGUCAGCAGUAUUACCUUGGCAUUUGAGGAUGUGAACUUGUAUUCUAGACCAGCUCUAGUAUCAGCUCUAUACUGGCUCAAUAUUAUCUUUGCUACAUUAUUUGGUAUUGAGAUGUUGAUAAAAUGGUGUGCUUUUGGUUUCAAACGGUAUUUUACAAGCUUCUGGUGCUUACUUGACUUCCUGAUUGUAGUGAUAUCAGUAGCUAGCUUGAUAGCUGAGGCAUAUGGUGCUGCUAACUUCUCGGCUUUCCGCUCACUCAGAACAUUACGUGCAUUAAGACCACUAAGAGCUAUAUCUAGAUGGCAGGGAAUGAGGAUUGUAGUGAAUGCAUUAAUGAUGGCUAUUCCUAGUAUUGUGAAUGUACUUGUGGUGUGCCUCGUGUUUUGGCUCAUAUUUAGUAUAUUGGGUGUGCAGUUCUUCAAAGGAGAGUUUUAUUUCUGUACUGAGGAUGGUGAAAACAUGGCAGACCCUGACAUUAUACCAGACAAGGCAACAUGUCUGGCCAAUAACUUGACAUGGAAGAACUAUGACAUCAACUUUGAUAAUGUGUUACAAGGAUUUUUAGCCUUGUUUCAAGUGGCAACAUUUGAAGGUUGGAUGGAAGUGAUGUCACUGGCUGUAGACAGUGUUGGUAUUGACAAGCAGCCAAAGUUUGAGAACUCACUGUACAUGUACCUGUUCUUUGUUGCAUUUAUUAUAUUUGGAGCCUUCUUUACCCUCAACCUCUUCAUUGGUGUCAUUAUAGACAACUUUAAUAUGCUCAAGAAAAAGUAUGAUGGAAGUUAUUUAGAUAUGUUCCUCACAUCUGGGCAACGACAGUAUUACAACACAAUCAAGAAACUGGGCAAUAAGAAACCACAGAAAACUAUAAAGAGGCCAAAGAACAAAAUUCAAGGAAUCUUCUACGAUAUUUCCAAUAGCAGCAAGUUUGAGCUGUGUAUUGUUGUCUUUAUUUUCUUAAACAUGAUCCAAAUGGCUGUGGAUCAUUACAACCAGACACAGAUGGUCACCGAUGUACUUGCCAUGCUUAAUAUUCUCUUUGUGGUCAUCUUUACCCUUGAGGCCAUCGUCAAAAUCAUCGGUCUUCGUUGGCAUUACUUCACCAUGCCUUGGAACGUAUUUGACUUCGUCGUGGUUGUUCUCUCUCUUUUGGGUGUACUUCUUAGUGACGUAAUGUCAGGUGUCAUUGUUAGUCCAACACUGUUACGUGUUGUAAGAGUCUUCAGAAUUGGCCGUGUGUUACGCCUCAUUAAAGCUGCUAAAGGAAUCAGGAAACUGCUUUUUGCUCUCGUUAUUUCAUUACCAGCUUUGCUCAACAUCGGAAUGCUUCUAUUUCUGAUAAUGUACAUAUACGCGAUCAUCUUUCUCUCUACGUUCCAAAAUCUGAAAAUAACUGGAGUAUUAGACGAUGAUGUUGUAAAUUUUAAAACCUUCCUCAACAGUUUCUUACUCUUGUUCCGCCUGUCAACAGCAGCUGGCUGGAAUGAUGUACUUCUCCCUAUGUUAGUCCAACCACCUAAUUGUAAUGAUACCCACUACACUCGGGAUGAUGGAGUUAUUAUGGAGCAAUCGCCUGGGGACUGCGGUACACCGUGGAUGGCCGUUAUCGGACUCACGAGUUACAUUCUUAUAAUAUUUUUAGUGGUGAUCAAUAUGUUUAUUGCAGUUAUUCUUGAAAACUUUAAUCAGGCUCACGAGCAAGAAGAGGCAGGAAUUACUGAGGAUGACUUUGAUAUGUUUUAUGUGAUUUGGGAGAAAUAUGACCCUUUAGCAACACAGUUUAUAAAGUAUGAACAAAUGUCUAAUUUCGUUGCUGAUUUGGAUCCACCACUAAGUAUACCCAAACCCAAUGAGAUAGCUAUUGUUUCGUUUGACCUUCCUAUUGCAGAAGGAGACAAAUUACAUUGUUUAGAUGUACUAAUGGGUUUAGUAAAAUAUGUUCUUGGUAAUGUAGAGGAGACUCCAGAAUUUCAACAGUUACACGAACAAAUGGAAAGACGAUUUCAGACUGCUUUCCCAACUCGUGUUACUACUAUACGUAAAACAACAACAAUGAUGCGGAAAAAAGAAGAUGUUGCAGCAAAGACUCUGCAACGAGCUUGGAGGAGCUGGAAAGCUCAAAAGCAGAUGAAAAGUAUAGCUGCAUUGGCGAUGCAGCAUCAUAGUCGUAUUAGUGUUGCAAAUCUUUCAGACACUCGCCAGAAAUCGAGCUCAAUUCGUAACCUUGGGACGAGAUUAACGACGGCACUUAGUGCAUUUUUUGGCUCGACACGGUCAAGUAGUGCAGUAAGUAGCGUUGAAAGCGAAACUUUGCCAGCGGGAGAAUCACACAAUCCGAGAAGGAAACAAGCUUCAAGCGCAAUAGAACUGCCUCAGGUAUCAAGUUCGUACCGGUCGGAAAGGAAGCGUGAUGUUGUGUUAUGAUAGGGGCCUUAUUGACCUGAAAACUUGUUGAAAACUAUGUGCUACAACAUUUGAUUGUAAAUUAUGAUCAGUUUGUCUAUUUUGCGGAAAACAUUUUUUCAUAUCUUUUAUUUAUAUGAUGCCAUUGUAUGGUGAAGAAAUCCUGUACUCAAGGGGCGAUUAAGCUAAUAUGUCUCAGCUCUUCCAUUCUCCAAAUUAUAGACAGUUAUAUGCACAAUGAAAAUGAGACACCGAUGGCUAUGUAUGGAACAAUGUUAUGUUGAUGUUUGAGAAAGACACUGAUUUGUUAGCUACUGUAUUACAUUUUCUCUUUAAUUCCGAGAAUUAUUUCAUGUAAAAUGUAAUCUUAUAUUUUGAGUAACCUUCUUAAUUAUUCUUUAUAUGCCAUAACACUGUUAGAGAUAACUUGCUUGGUGCUGGCAGAGUUUUGUUUUAGCACGGCCGAACAUUUGAUCACCUUCAAAGAUUACUCAAGUUUCCAUAAGAGUUUGAAAUUUAAAACGUAAUACAUUUUUCCAAUCUUGAACGGUAAACGUAAUACAAUUCCCUAUUCCUACUUAAGUAUUAUUAUAAAUUUGAUAAGUACAUGUGUCGUAUUUUUCUGGAAACCUGUACAUGUCAAAAACUUCCCUUGCCAGAUAGUAUUUAUCAUCUGUGAUAACUUAUUUAAAUGAUGAUUGAUAUUAUAUUUUGUAACAUGUUUUUAUUCUGUAAAUAGUUGACAAAUGUGCUUGACCCAUUUUACAAUGUUCCUGUAAUAUUUUGUGAACAAUUUGAUGUAAUAUAUCCAAUAUGUUUUAUUCAUUGCUUAUAUAUUUUAGUGCCAAAAUUAUUUUAGAGAGUUGAAAAUUUUUUUGCCCUUACCGAUAUUCAUAAAAUAUGGUUAUUUUAGCAUGAUAUUUAAAAAUGACUUACCUUUAUAACGCAAAUGUUACCCAUGUCCAUUUCUCGUUUGCUUUGCUCAUUUUAUUUACAAGUUUUGUAUUUGAGUUAAAUUAAAAAGCUUUUCAAAAUCAGUUUGAGGUUUCUACUCACAUUGCAAAGUAUUGUUUUCCAUACAAGUAUCUAAUUAGAUAUUUAGUAAGACAUUUACCUGAGAGAAAAAAAAGCAAAAUGAAAUUAUUUUUCCGAUAAUGCAGUAUUGACGAUAAAAUCAGAAUUGACGAGGCUCAAGAGAAUGAAUACGAUGUUUAGGAAAUAUUAGACUGUUGCCAAUACUUAUUGUUAAAGUCUUCCUAGCAAAAUAUGUGAUGAUUGACUUAUUUAUUUUAUUGUUGGCUAAUGAAAAUAACCUACUAAGGACUUAUUGAAUUUAUUUCAUUAAUUUGAAUAUUUUUUUUCCUAUUCCGAAACAUUUAUUUACUUAUCUGUAAUGUUCCACUGUUCAUUGUCAAUAAAUUGUUUCGUUUACUGCAUAUUUUAUGUCAAUAUGUCAUACCAAUAUUUUUGUCUCUAUCACAAUGGUUAAAUCUAUCCAUUUAGAUAUUGUUUCCAUUAUUCUGUUUUCCCUUUGUCCCAUCUAUAUAUACAUCAUCAUUUAUUGUCUGUGCUGUAUUCAAAUUUCAAUGAUAGUUAUUCCAUGCCAAAAUUUUACUCAAAGUCAGUCAUGUAUAGUUUUAUAUAAUUUUUAUUAAAAAGAGGGAGUAUCAUGGCAACGACAGGGGUUUUUUUUUACAAAUUUCAUUCAUUUUUAAUUUCAAGUUAUCACAUUAUUGAUUUCUAGGUUUCGGGGCAUCACUGAUGACUAACUCGGUUAGCAUCAAAGACUUAGUAACAUCAUGAUGCCAUGAAUAUCAAUAUAAAUAAAUCAUUUAUAAAGUAUCUGAUACUGAACAACAAGCUUUUUUCAGGGAAUUUGACAAAACAUUUGUGUAAGCCCAACGUUUUAUGAUCCAUAUUCCAUCAUUAUGCCAAAUAUAUGAUCCAUAUUUAAGUACGUUAAAUUCUAUCCCACAUUUCAUGUUGAAAAUAUGAUAAUACUUUCAUUUUUUUAUGUCAAUCAUAUUUUGAUUCAUGUUCACUUAUGUUUUAAUAGUCGUAUAUAAUACUCUAGAAUACCUACAGAUGUCAAUUGCAAGCACUCUGUAGAUAAUCAAUUAUCACGAAUCAAUUACAUCCUGGUUUAAGAUAUCAUGUAAAAAAACAAUGUAUUCUACAAUGUUCGUUGUACUUGUUGAUAACUGCUUCGAAUAUACUAGAAAAUUAAAUAAUUUUAGAUCAAUUAUUCUAAAAAUAGAAAAGAAGGAAGAAUCAUUUUUGGAAAGUUUAGAAGAAUAAGAAUACAAUGUAUAUUAGUGUGUGGAUAAUUGUAGAAGUGGCAAUGGUAAAGAAAGAUACUUCAACCUAAUAUGACUGUUUAAUUAGUGUUUACUUUUUCUCUGUACAUGAGUCAUCAUUAUUUAAACAUGUACCAAUUGUAAAUCUUCGUGUAUAUGAUUAUUAACAUGAUUUAAUGGAUAUCAAGGGAUAUUUUAUUGUUUUCCCAGAGUUGUUGACGUUUGUUUUACCUUAAUAGCCUCAUAUCUUGACGCUAGGUUGACCAAAGGUUUAUUAAAUAAAAAAACAAAAUCAG